AUGUCCUGCAUUUUGCUUACCUUGAAGAGGUUUGGCAGUUUGUCCGUCCUUGGGGUCAUCUUUUGGAACCUGGGAUUCCUUUUGCAGCAGUUCCAUCUUCCCACUGGGGGAGCCAGGACCCGCAACAAGCCGUUGUCCAUUCUGAUUUGGGACUUGCCCUUUGACCACAAUUUGAACCUCAGCGGCAACCUUUGUGCCUCACGCCGCCAUCACGAGGAGGGCUGUUUGUUGACCAGUAACCGUAGCUGGUUUGACCAAGCUGACGUGGUGGCAUUCCAUCACCGUGAACUGCAGCGCAGCAGGUCAAGCCUGCCAACAGUUAAAAAGAAUCCAGGGCAAAACUGGGUGUGGGUUUCGCUGGAGUCUCCCACCAACACCAAAGACCUGACUGGCUGGAACGGAACAUUCAAUUGGGUCAUGACGUAUCGACAGGACUCUGAUAUCUUUAUCCCGUAUGGGGUACUUGUGGCUCGCUCAUCGGACAAGGUGGACAUCCCAAAGAAAUCCCACUUAGUGUGUUGGGUUAUCAGCAACUACCGCCGUACCCAGAAGAGAGCAGAGCUGUACCAAGAACUGUCCAGACACAUCAAGAUUGAUGUAUAUGGAAAAGCAAGCAAGAAGCCUCUCUGCUCAGCCUGCCUCUUGCCAACCAUCUCCCAGUACAAGUUCUACCUUGCCUUUGAGAAUUCCAUACACCAAGACUACAUCACUGAGAAGCUCUGGAGGAAUGCCCUGCUCUCUGGCACUGUCCCCAUAGUCAUGGGUCCGCCCCGAGCCAACUACCAGCAGUUUAUUCCUGGAGAAGCCUUCAUACAUGUAGAAGAUUUCGGCUCCAUGAAGGAGCUCGCCACCUUCCUAUUGACUAUGAAUGACAGCCACUACCAGAGCUUCUUCAGUUGGAGACAAAGGUACACGGUGAAGUUGUACGACAACUGGCAGGAACGGUUUUGCACCAUCUGUGAUCAGUAUCCCAGCUUGCCUUGGGGGAAAGUCUACCCCAACUUGGAGGACUGGUUCUGGAACUAG